AUGGAUAUUGUAUAUAAUAUCUUAAUUGGAUAUAUUAUAUUUGCAGUGAUUGUAAUAUACUCUUUAUCGUUUGGUAACUCAAACUUUCAUAGAGAUGGUAUAGUUGGAAAGAUCAAUCGAUUCUUAACUACAGGUCUUCCAAACUUUUGUUCAUCUAUAUUAUCAUUUAUAUGUCCGAGAUUUUUAAAGAGAUACUCUGAAAGAUUUAUAGAUUACUUUCUUUAUAAACCAAAUCGAAUAUUACAGAUUGCAUAUUUGAUAUUGGUAGUUGGUGGUUCAUAUUUGUUUAUGAAAGAUACAUAUCCUUAUCUAAAUGGAUACAUUGCACCUACCUAUCAUAAAAUUGGUUCUGUAAUUGCAAUUGUUAUAACACUAACCAGUUUCGUUGUAUCGUCUGUUUCUGAUCCUGGUUACAUCACCCAUGAGAAUCAUAGUGGUUUUCAAUCAAAGUUUAAAUACGAUAGAAUAUUAUAUGUAAAGAAAUCAUGUGAAACAUGUGAAUUUGUAAAACCAUCAAGAUCUAAACAUUGUAGAGUUUGUGAUAAAUGUGUAGCUAGAUUCGAUCAUCAUUGUCCAUGGAUCAACAAUUGUGUUGGUGAGAAAAACCUUAGAUACUUUUUGAUUUUCGUUGGAAAUACAUCGGCAUUGUGCUUCUAUGGUUUCUAUUUAUGUACAUGUGCACUCUUUACCAUCAUCGAUGAUAGAAAUCUACUUAAGCUUGGAUACAAUCAAAAUGGAAAAUGGACUCCAUUACCAACCUCUUUAAUUAUUCGUUAUUUAUUUGCAGAAUCUAAAACAGUAUUUCCAUUGGGUAUCUUUUGUUUGGUGAUAUCAUUGUUUUUAUGUUACUUUUGGUGUUAUCAUUUGUUCUUGGUUGCAACCAACAGAACUACCAAUGAGACAUUCAAGUGGGACGACAUUAAAGAUCAGAUCAGACUGAAUAGAAUCAAUGAGAAGAAGCGAUUGGCAAAGAAAGCCAGCAAGAAGAAUGCAAAGAAAGUUGGAGGAGAGAAUAGUAGCAACAACGAAGAAAACAACAAUGUAAAUUUGGACGACCACCACUUUGAUGACGAUGAUGAACUCUUUGAGAAUGAUUUCAUUUCAAACGAUACCGACAAACAAAAGGAACUCGAAAAGGAACAGCAACGACUUAGCAGUAGCAAAGCAAACAACAAACGAAAAUCGAAAAAGAAGAAUCACAGUCAUCACGACGACAACGACGAGCGUGUUACCAUACCACUGCCACUCACCAUCAAGGAAUUGAAGAAUCCAUUCGAUCAAUCACUGAUGUCCAAUUUCAAAGAAGUUUUCUUCCCUUAA